AUGGGUAAAGAAACUAAAAUCGAUAAAUUUGAAAAAAGUAAAUAUAAUAAACGUUACAAUGAACCAAAUGAUCCUUUAGAAAUCGAUUAUAUGAGAGGUUAUCAAACAACCACACUCUCAAAUAUUUUACAUUAUGGUUUAAUUAUAUUAUCAGCAGGUUUAUUAUUAUUAGUUUAUCAUUGGGUACCAAGAUGGGGUAUUAAAAUGAGAUUUAAAGAAUGUAAAUUAAAUGAUGCAAAUUAUGUUUAUGUUAAAGCAAAAGAUAAGAAAUAUGAACUUAGUCAAGUGAAACAUGUAUUAAUUGGAAAGAAAGAUUUAGAAUUUUCAGAAAGUGAAAAGAAGGAUAAAUAUAUUGAAUUCAAAUUCACUCGUUUAUUCUAUAAUGUAGAGAAAGAUUUAUUCAUUAGACCAAUUAGUAACACUGAUUAUCAUAGAAGUAAAAUCAAUGAAUUGGUGAAGACCGGUUUAUCAAUGAAUAAAUAUCAAGAGGGUAGAGAUCUUUUUGGACCCAAUUUAAUUAGUGUGCCAUUGAAAUCAAUUCCAUCAUUGUUGUUAGACGAGAUUUUACAUCCAUUCUUUAUCUUUCAAAUUUAUUCAAUCAUUCUUUGGUGUACAGAAGAUUAUUAUGUUUAUGCAGGUGCAAUUCUUUUCAUUGCUUUGGUUACUGCCAUUUUCACAUUACGUGAGACUCGUAAUAAUCUCUUGCGUUUAAAUGAGAUCGCCACCUAUAGAUGUGAUGUGACAGUGUUAAGAGAUGGUAAACUUCAAGUGGUAUCCUCAGAGACAUUGGUUCCAGGUGAUAUUAUCGAAAUUCAAAAAUCAUUGGUACUUCCAUGUGAUUUUUGUUUAUUAACUGGUACUGUAAUUCUCAACGAGUCAAUGUUAACAGGUGAAUCGAUCCCAGUUACAAAGUAUUCAUUGGAGGAGUGUUCAGGUGAUCAAUUGUCUGUGGACCCAUUGGUGAAUAAACGUUGUGCAAUGUCUGGUGGUACAAAGGUUGUUAAAACUCAAGCCAAAGAGAAGGAUGCUAAAAUCUUUGCAAUGGUUACCAAUACAAGUUGGUUAACUACAAAGGGUGGUUUGGUAUUGUCAAUGUUGUAUCCAAAGGAAUCUCAUUUCAAAUUCUUUGAACAAUCUUUGAAAUUCUUGGGUGUACUUUGUUUCAUUGCAUUGAUUGGUUUCGGUGUUUCAGUAUGGAGAUUAAUUAAAGCAGGCGAACAAUUAAGUGAGGUAGUUACCAAAGCAUUGGAUUUAAUUACAAUUGUUGUUCCACCAGCUUUACCAAUGGCACAAAGUGUUGGUACAGGUUUCAGUAUCGUACGUUUAAAGGCAAAUAAAAUCUUUUGUAUUUCACCACCAAGAGUUAAUAUGGCAGGUAAAGUUGAAGUCUAUUGUUUCGAUAAAACUGGUACACUCACUGAAGAUGGUUUAGAUUUGUUUGGUGUAUUACCAUCCCAUCAAGAUAGUAAUAAUAGUGGUGGUUUUGGUACAGUAAUUAAAACCGAUUUAAAUCGUAUGACAGGUCCAUUAUUUUUAACAAUGGCCACCUGUCAUACUUUGGCUCAUAUCGAUGAACAAGUUAGUGGUGAUCCAUUGGAAGAGAAGAUUUUCACUGCAACAAAUGCAAAGUUAAAUGAUAAUGGUGAAUUUGGUUUUUGUGCAUCAAUUCAAUUGUCAAAAGUUGAUAAUAUCUCUAUGGUUCAUCAAGAAUAUCCAAUCUCUACAGUGGAUGUUGAAACCUCUGAUCAAAUUGCAUUGGUUGAACGUUUCGAAUUUCAAUCUGCACUUCAAAGAAUGAGUGUUGUAAUUAGAGGUAUUAGAGCAACCGAUGGUUCAACUCAAAGUAGUAAAGAUUUGGCAAUUGUUAAAGGUUCACCAGAGAUGAUUAAAAAACUUUCAAAUCCAACUUCAAUUCCAUCCGAUUUUGAACAUGUUCUUAGCACCUAUACAAAGAAGGGUUAUCGUGUAUUGGGUUGUGGUUAUAAAGAAUGGGAUCCAUCAGAUUCAAUUGGUAAAACAAAGGAUGAAAUUAGAUCAAUGGUUGAGAGAGAUUUAAUGUUUUUAGGUUUCAUUAUUAUGGAGAAUAAAAUUAAACCAGAGACUGCUGGUGCAUUAAAGGUAUUAAAGGAUGCAAAUAUUCGUAUCAUUAUGGUCACUGGUGAUAAUGUUCUAACCGCAGUUAGUGUUUCAAGAGAAUGCGGUCUAGUCACUAAAGAGAAAACAAUAUUCUCGUCACAAUUGGUUAAUGAUCCUGUAACUGGUAAACCAACAAUGGUAGAAUGGUUUGAUGUUACCUCACCUGAAGAAUCAAUUCCAUUCACUUUGGACCCAUACACUUUAACAAUUAAUAAUGCUGGUGGUGGCAGUAAUUACGAUGAUGAGUAUAGUUUGGCUGUCACUGGUGAUGUUUGGAAAUAUUAUUAUGAUCAAUUCAAAGCAAAUGGUCAACCAACCAUUUGUUUCAAUCAAAUCUUAAGAAAAGGUCAAGUGUUUGCACGUAUGACACCAGAUCAAAAACAAAAUCUUAUCGAGGAACUUCAAGUAUUAGGACUCUAUGUUGGCAUGUGUGGUGAUGGUGCAAAUGAUUGUGGUGCAUUAAAAGCUGCACAUGUUGGUAUUUCUUUAUCUCAAGCUGAGGCAUCUAUUGCCGCUCCAUUCACUUCAACCAUUACCAAUGUAACUUGUACCUAUAAUCUAAUUAAAGAGGGUAGAGCAUCAUUAACAGUGUCAUUCAAACUUUUCCAAUUCAUUGGUAUGUACUCAUUGAUUCAAUUUUGUCAAGUUAUUCUAUUGUAUUUCGAUGGUUCCGUAUUGAAUAACUAUCAAUAUCUCUAUCAAGAUCUUUGGGUAAUUUUCCCAUUGGUAAUUUUCAUGGGUCGUACUGAACCAUGUAGUAAACUCUCCAUCAAAAGACCAUCCUCUCGUUUAAUUAGUUCAACAGUUAUUGGUAGUUUACUCAGUCAUGUCACAUUAACAUUUGUUUUCCAAUUAUUGGUUUACAUUUUCGUACGUCGUAAUUCAUGGUAUAAGGAUUUACCCGACACAAGCUCCAAUGAAAAUGAACCAAGAUUAGAUCAUUUAUUGGCAUCCCUUUUCAUCUAUGGUAAUAUGCAAUACUCUGUCAUGUGUUUCAUUUACUCUUGGGGUAAACCUUUCCUUAGACCAAUUUAUACCAAUCGUGCAUUAUUCAUCUUCUUUUGUGUAACACUUACAACUUCUUCAUUAUUAUUAUUGUUGCCUGUUUCCAUUAGAUUCUUUGGUACAACAUGGUUAAUGGAUUUACCAGUACGUUGGAGAGUUGAACUCUUAAUUCUCUUUAUUAUCAAUGCUGCUCUCGCUAUGGCUGCCGAAUGGAUUAUCAUUGUCUAUCGUGAAAUCAGAUCAAAAUCAAAGAGAAAAUUAAAACAAAAACAAAAUUCCGAUCCAAAUAUUAUUGCAAAAAAUACUGUUAAUGAAAGAUAUACUAGUUUAAAUUAA